AUGAACGUCCGAGGCUUCCUCGUUAUCCUCGCGGCUGCGUUCAUCGCAGUGGACGCCGGCAAGAUCGACCAUGACAAGGUGGAGCCAUUUCCUCAGCCGGAUCCCGUGACCAUCUCGGAGAAGGCGGCAGUCAAGUUCAAGCCGCAGUUGCUUAUUGAGGACGGAUGCGUCUCCUUCCCCGCGGUCAACGCUGCUGGCGAGACCAGCGGAGGACUGAAGGGGAACUCGGGAAAUUCCGCAUGCGAUAGCGCUCCACUGGGCUCGCAAGUGUACGGCCGAGCCAUGUGGUACAAGGAUGUCUGGGCCAUCAUGUACGCCUGGUACUUCCCCAAGGGGUUCUUCGUGGGGGUAGCGUCCAGGCGCUUCGACUGGUCUAGCGCUGUCGUGUGGAUCGACAAUCCGGACUUCGCGGCACCCAAGAUCCUGGGCAUUUCGACCUCCACGAGCGAUGACGACUACGAAACGAAGACACCAGCCCCGGACUAUGCCAUUCUGGACGGCACGACGACGCUCCUGUUUCGCUCGACCAGUCGGGAGGCAGGGCAGCCGAAGCUGUAUUACAGCUCUAGGACCGGCGACUCCCAGCCUCUGAUCAUGUGGGAGCAACUGCCCGAGGCAGCGCGACUGGCACUCAACACGACGGACUUCGGCCUCGCUUACGUGCCGAUUAACGACGACACUUUCGAGAAGAAGCUGAAGAAGGCGUGGCCGUUUUAG